UGUGCUAGAGGCCAAAACGACCUUUAGCAGCUACCAAGAGUCCACUGGAAACCAUUGUCACAUAUUCAUCCCCUACAAAUGGUCUCACCUCAUUCUCUACUUCCUCCAACUCUUCGCCGUUUCCACCACCGAUCCCACCAACCCUGAAGAAUUUCUUGCAGUUUUGGAAGAAUGGCAUCACUUUCAGUUAAAUUCUUGGCACCAAAUCCAUUGCCAAACUCUAAGACUUUUAGGCUUCAUGCAACUCCACCAGCAUCUCAGACUGUUGCACCACCAGCAUCAUCAUCAGGGGGGGCAGCAGAUGUUGAUGCUCUGAGGCUGGAGCCUAGAGUAGAGGAAAGAGAAGGAUAUUGGGUGCUAAAGGAGAAAUACAGACAAGGUAUAAAUCCUCCGGAGAAAGUCAAGAUUGAGAAGGAGCCUAUGAGGUUGUUCAUGGAGAAUGGAAUUCAAGAGCUUGCUAACAUCCCACUUGAAGAAAUUGAUAAAUCCAAGCUUACUAAGGAUGAUAUUGAUGUGAGACUCAAGUGGCUUGGUCUGUUCCAUAGGAGGAAGCACCAUUAUGGUCGGUUCAUGAUGAGAUUGAAGCUGCCAAAUGGUGUAACAACUAGUGCCCAAACUCGAUAUCUGGCAAGUGUGAUAAGGAAAUAUGGGAAGGAGGGGUGUGCUGAUGUUACAACAAGGCAGAAUUGGCAAAUUCGAGGUGUUGUUCUCCCGGAUGUACCAGAGAUUUUGAAAGGACUGGAAGAAGUUGGCUUGACAAGCCUACAGAGUGGAAUGGACAAUGUAAGGAAUCCAGUUGGUAACCCUCUUGCAGGGAUUGAUCCUGAAGAAAUUGUUGACACAAGGCCUUAUACUAACUUGCUCUCUCAGUUUGUAACUGCAAAUUCCCGUGGAAAUCCAAGCAUCAGUAAUUUGCCAAGGAAGUGGAAUGUAUGCGUAAUUGGCUCUCAUGAUCUUUACGAGCACCCUCACAUAAAUGAUCUUGCCUAUAUGCCUGCCACUAAAAAUGGAAGAUUUGGAUUCAAUUUACUGGUGGGUGGAUUUUUUAGCCCCAAACGUUGUGCAGACGCAAUUCCUCUUGAUGCAUGGGUUCCAGGAGAUGAUAUAAUACCGGUUUGUAAAGCAAUACUGGAAACUUUCAGAGAUCUUGGUACGAGAGGGAACAGGCAGAAAACAAGAAUGAUGUGGUUGAUUGAUGAACUUGGAAUAGAAGGUUUCAGGUCUGAGGUUGUUCAGAGGAUUCCCCAACAAGAGCUAGAGAGAGCAUCAUCUGAAGACCUGGUUCAAAAGCAAUGGGAGAGGAGAGAUUAUCUUGGUAUCCAUCCACAGAAACAGGAAGGCUGUAGCUUCAUAGGUCUUCAUAUACCAGUAGGUCGUGUCCAAGCAGAUGACAUGGACGAGCUUGCUCGUUUAGCUGAUGAGUAUGGCUCAGGUGAACUCCGACUAACUGUGGAACAGAAUAUCAUAAUUCCCAACAUUGAGAAUGCAAAGCUUGAGGCAUUGCUCAAAGAGCCUCUUUUAAAGAACAGGUUUUCUCCAGAACCACCUAUUCUCAUGAGAGGUUUGGUAGCUUGUACUGGCAAUCAAUUCUGUGGGCAGGCAAUAAUAGAGACUAAAGCUCGUGCACUGAAGAUCACGGAGGAGGUUCACCGCCAAGUUUCCGUCACUCGGCCUGUAAGAAUGCACUGGACUGGCUGCCCAAAUUCCUGUGGACAGGUUCAAGUUGCAGAUAUUGGAUUCAUGGGAUGCAUGACAAGAGAUAAAAAUGGAAAGCCAGUCGAAGGUGCGGAUGUCUUCUUGGGAGGGAGAAUUGGCAGUGAUUCACAUUUAGGAGAAGUUUAUAAGAAGGGAGUUCCAUGUGAUGAUUUGGUACCCUUGGUUGUAGACCUUUUAAUAAAUCAAUUUGAUGCAGUCCGUCGGGAGAGUGAAGAAGGGGAAGAGUAAUUUGGAUAACUCCUCUGGUUUAUCAUUUGGAUGUCUGUGCUGGGGAAAGAGAAUGACGAAAGAGGAGUUACUUUUUGACUAAUUUGAAACCAUUGUUCAGAAGCUUUCUGCAGCUUCAAACACAUACAAGAGUGUUUAAGUAUUGACACGUGGGAGAUCUCUUCCACGUACAAGAUGCUAGAAUAAAAUUUCUGACGUAAAUUUGUUUAGAGGUGAAAUUAGACAGUUAUAAUUUAUACAUGAAACUAUUUCUGAGAAAGUACAUGCAUUUUCUUUUCCCUGUCU